CCGCAACCUCUUUAGAAACACAACCACCGCCACUCACUGUUCUCAGAUACACCUUUUACGUAGUAUCAUAGCAGUUCAAUAUGGUGUCAAUACCAGUGAUUGUCAAGCACCAGGGCAAGAAGCACGAAGUCGAGGUCGACACCACCUCCAACGGCGAGACGUUCAAGUACCAGCUCUUCUCCAUCACUGGUGUCGAGCCCGAGCGCCAGAAGAUUAUCGUCAAGGGCGGCCAGCUUAAGGAUGACGCCGACAUGUCGAAGCUGGGGCUUAAGUCCGGGCAAACAAUCAUGAUGAUGGGCACACCCUCCGGCGACAACACGAAUGUCAUCGAGAAGCCCAAGGAGAAGAUCAAGUUCUUGGAAGACAUGGACGAGGCAGAGGCAGCUCAACUGGAAGGCGCCACCCCGGCUGGUCUGCAGAACCUAGGCAACACAUGUUACAUGAACUCGACACUCCAGGUGCUGAGGUCUGUGCCUGAGCUGCAGGAGGAGCUUCUAAGAUACUCCAACAGCGCCGCCGGUUCGUCCAGCUCGGCGAACGCGCUCAGCCAGCUCGGUCUUGGUGGCCUCGGUGCCUCUAUGGAUCUCACAGGAUCCCUCCGCGACCUCUUCAAACAGAUGGGCGAGACCCAGCAUGGCUUUCCUCCACUCAUGUUCCUCAACGCCCUUCGAGCCGCCUUCCCACAAUUCGCCCAGAAAGCAAAGGACGGACACGGUUACGCUCAGCAGGACGCAGAGGAGGCUUGGUCACAGAUCGUCGCACAGCUGCGACAAAAGCUGCAGAUCAAAAACGAGUCGGAGGCGGAGAAGGAGGCACAGGUCUCUUGGAUUGACAAGUUCAUGGCUGGCAAGUUCGAGACAGUCAUGGAGUGCGACGAGCCUGCAGCAAAGGAGAUGGGCGAAGAGCCUGUCACCGGCGAGGACACCUUCUUCAAGCUCAAUUGUCACAUCAACGUCGAGACGAACCACCUGCGAGACGGUCUGGCCGCUGGCCUGAAGGAGCAGAUCGAGAAGAAUUCUGAAGUUCUGGGCCGCAACGCUGUUUACACAAAGACGUCGAAGAUCUCGAGACUUCCCGUCCACCUGCCGGUCCACUUUGUACGAUUCGACUGGCGUCGUGAUACCAACAAGAAGGCAAAGAUUAUGCGAAAGGUCACGUUCCCGGACGAGCUGGAUGCGAUAGAGUUCUGCACAGAUACACUAAAGAAGCAACUGAUUCCCGUGCGCGAUAAGAUCCGCGAUGUACGCAAGGAGGAGCUAGAUGUUGAGCGCGCCCGCAAGCGCCAGAAGCGCAUGAAGGCUGGCGAAGAGAACGACAGCGACCCGCUCGCACAGAAGGAGCCUCUGCAGAAGAAGAAGGAAGCUGCUGACAAGAAAGAAGAUGCGAGUAAGCCUUCUGAGCCUGCAGUGGAGAUCGAGUACAAGACAGACGCUCAGAUCGAGGCUGAGCGCGCCGCAUCAAUUCUGGCUGCGAAGAAGGAGGUCAUUGCCCUUGUCAGCCCAGAGCUUGCCGCAGAUGAUGGUGCCAACCAGACGGGUCUUUACGAGCUCCGUGGUGUCAUCACACAUCAAGGUGCUAGCGCUGACAGCGGUCACUACACUUCGUUCGUGAAGAAGCAGGGCGCAAAGGACCCCGUCACUGGCAAGAGGAAGGCCGAGGACGGCAAGUGGUGGUGGUUCAACGACGACAAAGUUUCUGAGGUCGAAGCUGAGAGGAUCCAGACUCUGGCUGGUGGAGGUCAGAGCCAUUCAGCUCUCAUCCUCCUAUACCGUGCAGUGCCUCUGCCUACUGUCGAUGAGGACGUGGAGAUGUCUUAGGGGACAUUUAGGGGACGUAUUUGAUGUCCGACCCGGACUUCUUACGCUUGAAGCAGUUGAUAGAAGGCGUGAUUAAGUUCGGACAAGAGCUUGUUCAAGAGGCAAAGAACAAGGGUAAUUGAGCACCCGUCCCUUAGGGUGCAGGGCAGCCGGCGUUGCACAAGAGGUUAGAUAAACGCAUAGCAGGGCAUGUGUUACGACACGAUGAAUUCAUGGCUUCCAGCGUUGGCGCACGUUUGCAUUCUAUGCACGGCAACCGGCUUUCAUCUUCAC